AUGUGCCAUAAAUUCCUUAAAGUGUCUUUUGGUCCUAAAAUCAAUUUCAUUAUAGGACAUAAUGGGAGAAUCACGGUCUGCCUUGGGGGAAAAGCUAAUGUUACAAAUCGUGCUUCAAAUUUAAAAUCGCUUAUUCGUGAAGGAGCCAAUGUUGCACAAAUUACUUUGAAGCUUCGAAAUCGUGGAGAAGACGCUUUUCGUCAUGAAAUAUAUGGCGAUUCAAUCAUUAUUGAACGUCGAAUUACUCGUGAUGGAAGUAAUGGAUACAAGUUAAAAACUCAAGAUGGAAAGACAGUUUCCACAAAACGAGAAGAUUUGAACGCAAUCUUGGAUCAUAUGGCGAUACAAGUAGAUAACCCUUUGAAUGUGUUAUCUCAAGAUACUGCACGUCAAUUUUUACACACAUCAAGUCCCGAAGAUAAAUAUAAGUUCUUCAUGAAAGGAACACAUUUAGCUCAAUUGAGUUCUGAUUACGAACUUAUUCGCGAAAGUAUAGAUACUACAAGAGAAAUCAUCAAAUACAAGAAUGAAAUUCUACCUGACCUUCUCAAAGAGGCUAAAGAAGCAGAAGCAAGAUUUAAGGACAUGCAAAGAGCUCGUGAACUUGAAAAGUCCCUCUCUUCAUUGAAGGAACAAAUGGCUUGGGCUCAGGUUGAAGAACAAGAACGGAUCGUUAAUGACGCCGAAAGGAAUUUACAACGGGCCAUGAAACGUUUACCGAAUUUACAAGAAAAACUCGAAAAGGAGGAGGUAAGAAUAAUUAUGUUCGUUCAUUAUCGAGUAAUCACGACGCUUCUAAAAAAAAGGCAGUUACAGAAAUCAUAUGCAAAAAACACCUUACAGCAGAGUUUUCUAAUCUUUAAUUCUGUUUCAUAA